CUUCUUGUCUCAUCACCCACACAUGUAACCAUCAUCAUGGGAAGAUCACCAUGUUGUGAAAAGGCUCACAUGAACAAAGGAGCAUGGACUAAAGAAGAAGAUCAACGUCUUAUUGAUUAUAUACGUAAUCAUGGUGAAGGCUCUUGGCGUUCUCUUCCUAAAUCCGUUGGGUUGUUGCGUUGUGGAAAAAGUUGUAGAUUAAGAUGGAUUAAUUACCUUCGUCCUGAUCUUAAACGUGGAAAUUUCACUGAUGGUGAAGAGCAAAUCAUUGUCAAACUUCAUAGUUUAUUUGGCAACAAAUGGUCUUUGAUUGCUGGGAAAUUACCGGGAAGAACCGAUAAUGAGAUUAAAAAUUAUUGGAACACUCAUAUAAAAAGGAAGCUUCUUAACCGUGGUAUUGACCCAAAAACUCACGGUUCGAUCAUCGAGCCUAAAACGACAUCGUUUCAUCCCCGAAAUGAAGAUUUGAAGUCCACGUUUCCCGGUUCUGUUAAACUAAAGAUGGAGACUUCUUGUGAAAACUGUGCUUCUACGAGCGGUACGACUACGGACGAGGAUUUACGGUUAAGUGUUGAUUGUGAUUACAGAUAUGAUCAUCUGGACAAGGAGCUAAACUUGGACCUAACACUCGGGUACAGUCCGACUCGAUUUGUCGGGGUCGGAUCUUGUUACUAG